CGUAAUCAAUCUUGGAAGCAAUGGCCCUAUUGCUCAAAAAGAAUCUACAUCUGUUAAAGGAAAAUGAAAGCUAAAUGAAGUAUUAGUGAUUGGGGAGGUUGGAGGAUAGAGAUGGGGUCUGCACGUGUUUGAGCAUUUUAGCCACCAAGUUAUGAUUGCUUUGCACCAGAAACAAGACAGACAGAAAGAGUCUAAGACAGAGUACUGAUGUUUUUCAGACUCUAUAGGGAUAAUAGACUUGAGAGUCCCUUUAGACUUUUGGAGAAAGAGAAAUUGACACCCAAAAAAAAAAAAAGAGGAAAACAGAAAAGAGUGGGGGGCGGGUUGUUUUUUCUGUGGCCAGAGUUUUCCCUAUUGGAUGGAUUUGCUCAUGUGACCCUCCUGGAUACGAAACCAUCCUCACCCUCUAUUUUAUUUUGACACGUACUGGACAUAUUCAGACCACCAACUUUAUUCCAGCAAAAGUUCACUAAUCAAUAGGAUAAUGUGAAUUAGGCAAAGAAUGGAAAAUUCACCUCAUCUACUUAUUCCCCCAUUCAGGAUUUAUUUGACUAAAGCUUCUCCCUAUACAUUUAUUGUUGUUUUUUCACGUGGGCGGGUCUCAACCCAUGAGGAGUUUUAUGCCUCCUUGACAUGUCAAGAAAUUGAAUUAUAAGAGACAAAUAAAUUCUCCACUGAUUCAAAUAUGGUAAACUAAUAGGUCAAAAAACUUUGAGUUAAUCUAUGGCGCGUCUGGCGAGUAGUUGAUGAGGAGUAUAAGUGGAAAGGCUACAAACAAGUAAGGUAAGAUUCUUGUCUCUUUGUUAAGUUUACCGGGUUUCUUCUUGGUUUCUUGGUAGCAUGUUUUUGCCCUUUCUUUUGCUCUUAUCCUUUGUUUUUCUACUUUUUUACGUAUAAUGUAAUUGAAAAAGGUAACAGUGAAGGACAAUUGUUACAGCAUGUGUUUAGAUCAAAAACCUGCAUUUCAAAAAAUGGUAAGACUUUUUUCUUUGCUUUCUUCUCUUUAUCUCCUUUAACUCUUUUAACUCUUUUUCAGAGACUUUACUGACUUUUUGUACAUAAUGUGGCGUUAAUAUAAAGCGGCUGUUCCCUAUCAUACGAGUGCCCUAUAUCAGAGUGAAUAAGAAGCCCUCCCUUGUAUGUGUACAUGUUUUGAUAUAUCCACAUGUAUAUAACUGAUCAUGUAGCUCCUCUUGGCAGAAACCAGAGCAGUGAAAUGGAAGGGAAGAUAGUUAAGUCCAGGUUCAAAAGGGUUUGUGUGUUUUGUGGGAGCAGCACAGGAAAGAGAGACUGCUAUAGAGAUGCAGCCAUUGAUUUAGCGCAGGAGCUGGUUUCACGAAGGUUGGGGCUUGUUUAUGGUGGUGGGAGCAUUGGGCUAAUGGGUCUAGUUUCACAAGCUGUUCAUCGUGGUGGAGGCAGAGUUAUUGGGAUCAUUCCCAGGACAUUAAUGAACAAAGAGAUAACUGGUGAAACAGUUGGGGAGGUAAGAUCAGUAGAUAACAUGCACCAAAGGAAGGCAGAAAUGGCCCGCCAUUCAGAUUGCUUUAUAGCCCUACCAGGUCCCAUCCAUCCCUUUAACCUUUCCCAUUCAGAAACACAAUCCCCACACACUUUUUCACUUUUCCUUUUGUUCCCCCUUGUAAAAACCCAUCAUAGUGGGUUUCAUUUUCCUCUCACUGCACUGAUUUUCAGGUGGGUAUGGAACUAUGGAAGAACUGUUAGAAGUCAUCACUUGGGCUCAACUGGGCAUCCACGACAAACCAGUUGGCUUGCUGAACGUGGACGGCUACUACAACUAUCUCCUCACUUUCAUCGACCAAGCAGUGGACGAUGGGUUCAUAAAACCAUCACAACGCAACAUCAUAGUGUCCGCACCCAACGCCAAGGACCUGGUUCAGAAACUAGAGGAGUACGUGCCCAUACGCGACGAAGUGAUGAGCAAGGCGAGAUGGGAAAUUGAGCAGCCGCAGCCGCAGCCGCAGCAGCAGAAACAAGUGGGGUUCGAACCCAAAACUUUCCAGGCUGAGAUCGCCCUGUAAAGGGAAACAUUGAAAAGAAAGGGGAGAAAGAUUCAGUGAAAGAAAGAAAGAAAGAACUUGAAAAGGAAGUGGAGUUUUUGAUUUGAAGCUGGGAAUUUGGGUCAUCAUGUUAUACCAACCGUUCCAUAAUUGGAUGGCGCAAAAUGGUAUUUAGUGGACAAAACAUCAGAGAUAAGAUUGACCAAAAAGUGGGACCUUCCUCUUCCUUUUUUCUCUAAGCUUUGUGAUUUUUUAUCAUGGCUGUGCUCUACCCUCUUCUAAGAACAAAGAAAUACCCACCCUUUUCAACAUCUCAAAUUGGGUAUUACUUCAGCAUCUUGUAUUUCAAGCUUCAAUUAUGUACAAAGGGAAAGAGGAGUUGUUUAA